CCCCCGACAUAUCAACAAUGAUUGCGCAAUCCAUCAGGGCCUCGCGCCAGGCGCUCGUCCGCGUCGCCCGGCAGCAACCUGCCUACGUCGCUCGCCGCACCUUCAUCACCCCCACCGCCGUCCGAUCAGCCGACCUGGUGCAGGACAUGUACCUCCGCGAGCUCAAGAACUACAAGGUCCCGCAAGUCAAGGCCUCUGACGCCGAGGGCCAGGUCAAGAAGUUCGCCAUCCCCAAGGCCCCCGCAUCUCCCGAGGAGACGGACAUUGCGAGCGAGCUCAAGGCAUACGAGACACAGACUGUUGAGGUUGAGGGCGCUUCAUCCGAGGACGGCGAGGUCCUGCCCCAGGAGGACUGGUUUGAGGAGGAGGACGAAAGCAUCACCACGGCCGGUGCUACCCACUAGACGCAGAAGAUUGCUGGGUGAAGGACUAGAUGUAUCAAGAAUACUAGCGACUGUGUCAAUACGACUUGGGCAACAAAAAUGCUGAGCCAUUGGGUGCAUUGUCUGGGAACAUGUAUAUCACGUGACAAGACAUGCGGGUGACGAAAUGGAUUGCUUAUGUGAUAGGC